CUGGAGUCAUGUUCAGAUGAAGAAGAAAGAGUGCCUAGGAGGAAAAUACAAAGAAUAAUGAAUUACGUAGAAGAAACGGUUGAAAAGUAUGAUGAUAGGCAAUUUAAAGGUCAUUUCCGACUGUCUAGAAAAACUACCACGGAUUUAAUUGAUUUGUUUAACCAAUCCGAUUUCAAUCCGAAAUAUUCAUCUGGUCGACCAAAUGUUUCUGCCAAGAAAACGGUACUGUUUUCCCUUUGGUAUUUGGGAAACAGAAAUUCGUUCAGGGAAGUAUCGGAUAGAUUUGGGGUGGCCAUUGGAACUGCACAUGGCUGUCUGACUCGGUUCCUGAACUUUCUCAUGCGCAUCAGAGAUGAGCACAUUGUUUGGCCGAAUGAACAACAACGACUUGAAAUUUCAAGAAUGUUCACCAGAAAUAAUGGAUUUCCUGGUGCUAUUGGAUUCAUUGAUGGAAGCCACAUUGAAAUCCCAAAACCCGAUAAAAAUCAGGACUCCUAUAUCAACAGAAAAGGUUACCAUAGUCUUUUAUUGCAAGGAGUGGUUGAUCACAAUAAAAAAUUUAUAGACGUUUUCUGUGGAGAACCAGGAUCGUUGCAUGAUGCUCGAUUGUUAAGAAGGUCGGCACUCUAUGCAACGAUCAGUGACAAUCCAGAUUUCAUUGGAGAAUAUUACUUAUUAGGGGAUUCUGCAUACUCUAAUUUGGAUUGGAUAGUGACACCAUACCCGGAUACAGAAUUUCUCAGUGAAAACCAAAAGAUUUUCAAUCAACGACUUUCAUCAAAGAGGGUUGUUGUUAAAAAUGCUUUUGGAUUGCUGAAAGGACGUUUUCGAAGACUUAAAGGACUUGAAAAUUUAAAGUUAGAUCUCUGUUAUCAGUUAAUAUAAGGAUGCUGUAUUCUUCACAAUAUAUGUUUGGAUGAGAAACUGAA